AAAUAAUGCUAUUUUGUCAAACUUGACGUCUAAACAAUGUAUGUUAUUUUAUGAAAAUAGUGUAAAAAUAUCAUGGAAGAAUGUAUGAUUUCCUGAGGCCUAUUGUAUAUUUCUAUCUAUUCUUAGCUACUGUUAAUGGUCAAAACUUUACACAAGUAGCAGUAAAUAUAGGACGCAAUUUAACGUUAAAAUGUCCAGUUCAUCAUACCAGUGGUAUAAUGUGGAUAAGAGAGGAUGGCAAAACUCUGCCUACCCAUGUGACAGUUCUAGACAGUGGUUCAUUAUUUAUUACAGAAGUUGACCGAAACGACUCAGGAAUUUAUGCAUGUAUCAGAGAAAACGUCGUCAAUUCGGAUGCAAGAAUUAAUGUAACAGUAAAAACUCCUCCACCUGCAUUAGUUGAUGUUGUCGUAAGACCUAGUACUGUACUUGCUCUUCUUAUAUGGAAAGUUGGGGGUGAUGGAGGUUACCCUAUUAUUAAUUUUACUGCUCAGUACCGCUUAGCCUACGCAAAUGAAAAUUGGACAGCUAUUUCGCCUAAUCAUAUCACCCCUAAUUCUAGACAAAUCGAGGUAUACAAAUUGUUACCUAACACGACAUACGAAUUUAGAAUUUGGGCAACCAAUCAAUUAGGUAGAGGUACAAUAACAAACGUAUAUGGUAAAACAUUGAAUGAAUAUAUGGAGCAAGAAUUGGCUCGACAUCUGUUUGAUGGAGUGGAAAACUUUGAUACACGGGUGUGGGCAGUAGCUGUGGGUGUAGUGAUGGGAACUUUAAUUUUAUUAGGAUUAGGGACAUGCAUUUUAUUAUAUCGAGAGUGCCAUGUACCUGGGGUGAUAGAAGAACAGGAAAUUAUAGAGCUAGUUCCUAAUAUUAUCCUGAACCCAGGAUUUGAUCCGCACAAUCAGAACGAUCAAAUUCCAGACGAAAAUUCUAACAGUGAAACUCCCCUGCGAUUGAAUAAUAAUACUGUUGUACAACCCCGCAAUACACAAAUCGGUUUUAUACUGUAAUUUCGACUAGACUGAUUCUAGAUCAUACCUCACAUCGCAUUUAUUUAGUCCGCUUUGCGCAUUAUUUAAAACAUUGAUGAUAUUAUACGUUGGCUGUUUUAUUAUUAAGUGAUAUCGUUCCGAUAUACCCAUUUGAACAAUGUGACUUAUAUAAAGGAUGUUUUGCUUAAUAAUAAUUUUUU